UUACGAAAGAAGUCGAAGGCAAAUCACACGGUUGUGUUGUUUUGUAUUGACACACCUUUGCCUCUCCAGAGCGACUCACAGAUACAGCUUUUCUCUCGAUUUUGCUUUGUUUUUAUCUAUAAUCUCAGAAGCGCUACUCAUUCGUUGUUAUUCCUUUCAAAACUGCAUUAUUUUCUGUUCGAAUAAUCGGUAUUUGGGUGUUCAUCUUUCUGUUUUCUCGGAAAUAUCUUGGUGAUCUGUGAAAACUGGAAAGAGAGAGGCGGAGAGUUUCAUUUUGUCUGUACUAAAGGGAAGAUCGAAGAACUGAGCUGAAUCGGGGCGGCUUUGUGGGCAUAGUGGGGCUGUGUGGGACGGGCAUUUUUGGUCCUAUUUUGGAAAGUUAAGUUCGAUCCGCUUUAUUAGUUGCGUAGGUAUCUGAAAGGUCAGGGUUUGUGACAUAGAGAGGAAGAGACGGAGAAAAAAGAAAAAUGUGGUGGAUGAUGGGUGAGACUGGAGGUCACUACUGUAACAAGAAAACCGAUGAUAUUUGCGGUGAUGUUUGUGGCCAGGAAUCAAACCGACUGCUGAGCAUGUCAAGACUUCGCUGUCUUCUGCAUCGUGGUUGGGACGUGAAAACCUUGCUCUUUCUUUUUGCAUUCGUUCCCACAUGCAUAUUUUUCAUCUUUUUGCAUGGGCAGAAGAUCUCAUACUUCCUCCGGCCACUAUGGGAAUCCCCACCCAAACCUUUUCAUGUACUUCCACAUUAUUAUCAUGAGAAUGUGUCAAUGGAGAACCAGUGCAAACUUCAUGGUUGGGGAAUCCGUGAGUUCCCAAGGCGUGUUUUUGAUGCAGUGUUGUACAGCAAUGAGAAGGAAAUCCUCGAACUACGAUGGAAAGAAUUGUAUCCCUAUGUGACACAAUUUGUACUCCUUGAGUCAGAUUCAACAUUCACAGGAUUGCGAAAGCCUUUGUUUUUUGCCAGGCAUCGAAAUGAGUUCAAAUUUGCUGAAUCCCGAUUAACUUAUGGGACAAUUCGGGGGAGAUUUAGGAGAGGAGAAAACCCAUUUGUUGAGGAGGCAUAUCAGCGAGUAGCAUUGGACCUGCUCCUCCAAAAUGCGGGUAUUGAUGAUGAUGACUUGUUGAUAAUGUCUGAUGUUGAUGAGAUCCCAAGCAGGCACACAAUCAAUCUCUUGAGGUGGUGUGAUGACAUACCUCCUAUCCUUCAUCUUCAGCUGAAGAACUAUCUUUAUUCUUUCGAGUUCCAUGUGGAUGAUAACAGUUGGAGAGCCUCGGUCCACAAGUAUCAAAAGGGUAAGACAAGGUAUGCACAUUAUCGCCAGACGGAUGACAUCUUGGCUGAUGCAGGCUGGCAUUGUAGCUUUUGCUUCCGCCAGAUCAGUGAGUUUACAUUUAAGAUGAAAGCAUACAGCCAUUAUGAUAGAGUUAGGUUCUCUCGUUAUUUGAACCCUCAAAGAGUCCAGAGAGUAAUCUGCAAGGGGGCUGAUUUAUUUGAUAUGCUUCCGGAGGAGUACACCUUCAAAGAUAUCAUAGGGAAAAUGGGGCCUGUUCCUCAUUCCUUCUCAGCUGUUCAUCUUCCAUCAUAUCUUUUCGACAAUGCAGAAAAGUAUAAAUUUCUGUUGCCUGGGAAUUGCAUAAGAGAAAGUGGCUGAAUAUCGUCAACAUGUUAAGAUGCCUGUUCUUGUAAAGCCUGGAUAUGAGCACUAGCGUUCCUGAGGGAUAGAGUUUGUCUGCAAGAGUGUAUCUAUGUCUUACACAAUGGCUCUGACCGCAGCUUGAAAUAGCUUGUGAUGGUACGAAGUCUUGUUCUGGUGGGUAUGCUUUGCAAGCUAUCGAUUGUUCGUCAAGAUUCAGAUGGUUCCAGUCAAGUUUGAGCCAAUCCGAUGCUUUAAACAAAAAAAGAAAGCACUUUUGGCGCCUUGAUAUCACAUCUCCUAUAUCCAAGCAUUAGGAUUCUGUAAUCUGUGCACUUGAUGCAUGGGGUAUUUUGGAGUCUAGAAAUUGUUCUCUAGCAUAAUUGGCAUCGGAACUGACUUCUACAACAAGCUUUAUUCUCUGUUCUGAAAGUUUGAAACAGCAUAAAUGCUCAAUGGUCUUAGGUGGAACUUCUCAGUA